AUGUCUACGUCCACUACGUCCGCUCCCCGCUUCGACAAGCUCAAGAUAGGCGGUUGGGCCGCCUUUGAGGUCAACAUGACGGCCUUCCUGCGUGCCAGGGGCCUCAUGGGUCAUGUCACUGGCUCCCUCAUCGCGCCUCGCGUCCCCGCUGUCAUUACAAGCAACGUGGACACCGUCGCGUACCUCCAGAGCAAGCUGGACGACUUCAACAUCGCCAAGGAGCG